AUGACUACCACCACAACCGAGUCCGCAGGCCCCAUGGCACCCAUCUUCCGCUCCAUGGACAAGACCAUCGGCACACACUGGGAAGAGACCAUGACAGAGAUGAGCCGGACGAUGAUGGUGUCCCUCAACGCCCGGCUCCUCGCGCAGAUGGGGCUGAGUCAGGAUACGACGGAUCCCAUUGCGUUUUUAGACAGCGCGUGCGGGGCUGGACCGGCUACGCAGGAGCUGUUCAAGGCUGUGCCAAGAGAGGUGCUGGAGAAGAGCGAGGUUAUUUGUGCUGACGGGUCGCCUAUGAUGGUUGAGUUGGUGGAGAGGAGGAUCCGGGAGGAGGGGUGGGACGGGGCAAAGGCGAGGGUUUUGGAUGCUAUGGACUCUGGAUUAGCUGAGAAUUCACUGACGCACAUCGUCAUCGGCCUCGGUCUACAUCUCAUCCCCCGCCCUGACAAAACCAUAAAAGACGUGGUUAGAAUUCUCAAGCCCGGCGGCGUAUUUGGCUGUAUCACGCCUCAUAUCGACCACAUAGGCUGGGUCGCAGACGUCAAGUCAGCUUUUGCUUCCUUCCCCUUCCACGCGCCGUUCGAGGAGAAGAACAGGGCGCAGGUUCACGAUGUCGGUAGGUGGUACGAUGAGCAUUGGGUCCAGAGAUAUCUACAGGAGAACGGGUUUGAGGACGUUAAGACAUGUUUGGAGAGCGGGACGGUGAGCGUGAGAGAUGCGAGGCACUGGUUGGAUGUUUUUGGGCCGGUGGUUGCGUUGAUUGUGAGUUCGGAGUGGAGUUCGGAGUUGAGGGAAGAGCAUGGGUUGGAGGAGCUGAGGGGGUUGAUUGGGGAGCAUUUGGAGGGUAAGGUCCAUGGCACGGAGAGCGUAACUGAAGAGAAUCCGGUUUUAACUUUGGUCAAGAAGCACAACCUGAUAAACACACCUUCCAACUUUUCCAACGCUACGGCCUUCAACGAGAACGACCAGUUGUUCCUCAGCAACUUGACAGGCAAGGUUGAAGAGCUGAGUGAGUCGUACGAGAAGGCCGCCAACCAGCAAGACCACAGUGCCCGUUCCGGUCUCGCAAUCGCCGGCUGGAAGCCAGGCAGCGACCCGCUGGCUCAAGCUGUUCAAUGGUCCUCAAUAGACUUCGAAUAUGCCAAUCCACCGAAGAAGACGUCUCAACAGUCCCCGGUCUUCAAUGCCAACACAUCGUUCCAACGCUGGGCUGAUAAGAACAACCUUGUUCACGAUGCUCGGGGGUUCGCCACAUACCUCCAAGAGGAGGCAAAAGCCCUCUUGGAGAAGAAUAUCCAGGUGAAGCUCCUGCUCGAGACUUGCAAGUGGCGUACUACGAGGGUAAGAUUGAGGGUGAGGCUGUGGUCGAGUGUAUAAAUAAUAGGGGUGUAUGCGUAAGGGAAGUUAGAUAUGAAGUGUUGAACGGGACGACUACCGAUGAUAAAUAUUCAAGGGUCAAUGAAUGAACUGCGCAGACCUUGAUUAACGAGCUUGGCAUAAGAGUCAAGAGGUACCUGGGUUUAUUGGAAAGGUAGACGCAAUCAAUAGAGUGGCAGUACUAGACACUGCCUUCUCCUUAAGAAACCUGUAGUUACUGAGUACCUUAGCGAAGGCAUCUUUGAGCUCUGGUUGUUCAACAAGACUCGCUCUAAAUACUG